AUGGACAAUUGGCCGCCCCUCGAUGCUGACACUGCAUUUCCCAAUGCCUUGGAUCUCGCAGAUAGCCUAGACCAGACGCUUCUCGACGAACUCUUCCGCAACGAUGCCAACGUGGAGAAACCGUUAGCUACCCAACCUCAGGAGCCUCAGCCUAAGUUCUCUAGCGGAGAUAUCGGACCUCAGCUGAACGCUCCGGCAACUCUGAGCAACGGAAACAUGGACACCGUCGUCAAUCCAGCCUUUGGGGCAGCCGCCGCCAGCCAGAACAGCCUGAUGUCUUCCCCUUGGGACUCCGAUUUCCAACAAGGCUACAACAACGCAUUCGUGGUCGACGCAAACCUUUGGGCUAGUGCGCCCUUCGGGGCAGACCUUUCGAUCCAUUCGGAUGUCGCCUGGGGGCUGCCUGCAUGGGCUACGCCCCUCGGUGCCCUUGGGGCGCAUAUUCCACCCAAUCCCCCCGCAGAGCCUGGUCCUGGGGCUGCAAGUACCCCAGCCAGGGCGGGGUAA